AUGUCAUUGUUCGAUACGAGCCUUGUGGUCAAUGUUUUCGCUGGGGGUAAGAAGUUAUUUACCCGGGAUUCAUGCUUUUCUAAUUACACGAGUGAUUUGGAGCAUUAUAUUCGUGGUAGGCUUGGUUCCUCCAUUGCUUAUGAGGUGUGCUAUGCUGCUAUGCCGCUGGCAAUCUAUGCGCGUCUUAGAGUCGAGGUUCAUAAGAACGGAGAAAAAGCAUAUCGUCAGACUCUUGAUGUCCAAGGAAAAAUUGUUGCUCGUUAUAACAACACAGAUAGCACAAGCUCCACAUCGGGCGCCUGUGCGCUUCUUGAGAAGCAAGGUAGAGAAUGUGAAAGAGUUGAGAUUCAUCCGGUGUUCAGGAGGGGCAUGCUCACACUGUCUCGAUGUUGGGUGGCCUUACCUGCGUAUGCAUCUCUCGCCAUUGAUCUCGAGUUGUCGGAAUUCGGAACUCAGAGAAAGAUCCUUACAGAAACAGCAGAAUUUCGAGUUAAUUAUCAUAAUGGAGGGUCUAUGGUGUUUGUCGUAAAUGACGAAACAGCUAUCAAAAUUUGUGUGGGAUGGAAAUCACCUAUGCCACAAGCAAGAAGCAAAAGGGAGGAAGAAGAUACUAGUGAUGAUGAGUCGGAUGAUGAUGAUGAUGAUGAUGAUGAUGAUGAUGACGAUGAUGGCGGCAAUGAUGAUGAUGAUGAUGAUGACGACCAAAUGAAUGAGGUAUCCCAUCGUGAAGCACCUACGAGCCGCCUCAGGAGUGCUUCCUGGUAUGCGUUCUAUUCAAAAAUUUCUACUGGAAAUUCGCCAGAUGCAUUUGCUAUAUUUAGUUUCAUGAUUCUGCAGCCGCUUGAGGAUAGGCCAUUUUCAUAUUCCGCAGUGCAGAUUUUCUCAAUGUUCAUAGACCGAACAAAGUUCAGACCUCUGCAACUCUACGGUUCUGUUAUACUAUCAUCCCACAUCGGGAAAUCUCACCUCUUCAGCAGAGAAGCAAAGGAAGAUGCCUUUAAAUUGGAUGAGCAAGUGAAAACCAUUCGACCUCAAGGACACCGAGAGCAGCCUUCACAUAAAAGGCUACGUUCAUUGGGAUUUGAGAGGUGCGAAAUAUUGGGCGUGGAGAAAUCCUGAUUACGGGAGGAGAUUGUUUGACAGGCAGCUCUGUUCUUUUGUUCAAGGCAUGAACGGGUUUGCUGCUAUCCAUUAUACACUGUUUGAAGAAGCCGUCCAAGCUGAUGUGGAGGUUCUCUGCGUGCCUAAGACGGGAACAGGCAUGCCGCCGUUGUUUGCCCCAAGAUUUACGGGACUCUCGUUGCUCGAUACAAUAAUUAUGACUAUAGGACCCAAUAUAACAAGGAAUACUAUCAGGUUUGUCUCUUCGACAGGAGUCGAGAGGAUCCAGUGGAGGUGGGGCCUAGGGGUUUGGUGGCGCUCUCGAGGUGUAGGGUCGCCGUUCCAGUGAAGUCCUCGCUCGUUAUUGAAGCAAAUUUUAUUAGCGAUGGACAUGAUGGUGUUCCUCAUCAAGUGUUGUGCUCUAGGGAGUUUCGGAUUCGAGCUCGUGAUGAUGUGGCAAUCUUGGAGGGUGAUUGCUAUAAUUUCCAUGUUCCUGUGAAAUGGACCGAGUUUAGUCAUUAAGUUAUAUGUUCGUUCGACAAUUUAUGAAUGUUUUUUAUUUAAUUAUGGUAUCGUUGUUUUUUCCUUUUUCGAAAAAUUCAAGGUAGUGAUUGUCGACAUGUUUGUUAGUUUCGAUGCUUUUGAUAUUAAAACGUUGCAACCUAUGAUGUUGUUUUUAUAUAUAAUUUUCUUUCUUUC